AGUACUAUCGGGGAGCCGCAGUACCACACGCUCUAUGAGACCUUUGCUCUGGCCAGUGAGAUAUACGAUAAAGGUUUUCACUACCAUACUGCCGUGGCAGCCAUGUGGGGCGACCUGGCUGUCGUCCUCUCUGAAUCCAAGGUCCUUCCAUUUUCUCUGGUCAAAUACUCAAACUUCAUCAGUAAGGCUCAGGAUGACAUUAUUGAGCGCUUUGGACCACUUAUUAAUUCACAGAAUAUUUCACUAGAACACUUUACUAAUGCUGGAAAGGCGAUAAAUGAGAGUGUUACCAACUUCAAUAAAGCACUGGAAUAUUUGGACCUGAAAAGCGCCCUGGCUCUCCGCCGUGUUAAUGACCAGCUCAUGAUGUUUGAACGAGCGUUCAUUGACCCUCGAGGAUUACCUGGAAGACCCGAGUUCAAGUAA